GACAUAUACACAAGGCAUGACCAAUGUCAGAAAAAUUUGCGGAAAUUUCAAUUUUUAAGGUUAUCUACAUUAAAGUUGGGGAUAGGCACUGUAAAUGUUUGAAAGUUAUGUAAUACGAUAGAAAGACACGUUUGGCACUCGCCAAACCGACUUAUGUUAGAUUUAUGAUGCUUUGGUUAUGAAGUUGGUCAGGCAAUUAUUGUCAAAAGCAUAUAAAACCUACAAAACAACUGUAAAUGUUGCAUUCCAAAGAAAAUAUCUACUUUAUACGAAUGUUUUUCUAUCAGUAGGGAUAUCCUCACUUGGUGAUACUAUACAACAAAGCUAUGAAUUAAGUAUAAAAGAUAUUAACACAUUUGAUUACGAGCGGACUGCACAUAUGGCAUUUUCUGGUUUCACUGCUGGAAUAAUAUGUCACAAUUGGUAUAAUUUUUUGGAUAAGAUAAUUGUUGGCAAAACAAUCGAUAUGGUACUAAAAAAGUUAAUUCUGGACCAGUGUAUCUGUUCUCCCAUUAUUAUUCUUUCUUUUUUUGCCACUGUUGCUAUUUUUGAAGAGAAGCCUUUAGAGAGCUUUGAUGAAGAAGUGAGAGAUAAAUUUUGGACAUUGUACAAGGCUGAAUGGGUAGUGUGGCCACCUGCGCAAAUAAUAAAUUUUUAUUUUUUACCAACAAAAUACAGGGUGCUUUAUGACAAUACCAUAUCUCUUGGUUAUGAUAUUUACACAUCUCAAGUAAAACAUAGAAAACAGAAGAAGGAAUAAACACAAAGAAAAUGAAAAAUAAAAUAAACCCAUGAAUAUUUUUGUUUGCUUUGUAAUUAAUUUUUUUAACAGUACUUUUUGUAUUUUGGCAAAAAUACCAAAAUUAAUAAUUGAAAAAAUAAUGGAAUAAUGUUUACGUUGUUGCUAUUUAACACAAUGACAUGAAAAUGCAGGCAAUCGGCAUCACGUGGAGGAAACUAGCAACAAACAUACGUAGUUCAAGUUCGGUAACACGCUUAAAAAAAGCCGUUAAAGUAUCUUUCAGUGACAAAUAUUUGUUUUACACAAAUGUGACUAUAUCUGUAACGUUGUCGUCAGUGGGUGAUUUACUUGAACAAUGUUAUGAGAUAUCCGUCGGUGAACAGGAAAAGUAUGACUUCAAAAGGACUAUGCAUAUGGGGUUCUCUGGAGUUGCUGUGGGUGUUCUGUGCCAUCAUUGGUACAAAGUUUUAGAUAAAUUUAUUAUAGGAAAAACGUACGAUAUGGUAGCGAAAAAAUUGCUAUUAGACCAAUUAAUAUUCUCUCCAAUUAUGAUUAUAACAUUUUUCGGAAGUGUCGCAUUGUUCGAAGAGAAUCCACUACAGAAUUUUAAGGAGGAAGUGAGAAGUAAAUUUUUAACGCUAUAUCGUGCUGAGUGGAUGGUCUGGCCGCCAGCGCAGAUUAUAAAUUUCUACUUUCUGCCAACGCGGUAUAGAGUUUUAUACGACAACACGAUCUCAUUAGGUUACGAUAUUUAUACAUCACAAGUGAAACAUAGUAAAGGCUUGAAAAGCUCAUCUAAAGAUAAAAUUAUAGGGACCAAAUGAAAUUGUUUACCAAAGUUUAAAAAAACUAGUAGUCACCGCUAUGUCUGUUUUAUGUACAACAAUGUAUUUUAAUGGAUAUGAUUUGUUGAAAUAAAGAGCUUUGCUGUGAUAUUAAAUGAAAUUUAAUAAAAAUAGUUUACAAUGUUUGAAAUGUACAAAUGUUAAUUUAUUUUUGUUAAUCUUUGAAAUAAAGUCAAUUAUAUACGUGCGUAUGAAA